AGUUGGCGAAGAAGACCAAGAAGUUGAAGAGUUGGCUGAGAAGAACCACUUUUUCCCCGGACAAAUGUUUGUUGUAGUAGUCUGACUCUAAUGUGCCCUGCGCCAACUCUUCAGUCGAUAACUGAGAGUACUCGAGAGAUAACUCUGCAACUAACACCCUGCGUGAAACCACCAGAAACAUAGCGGCUAUAUAUCCCUUACAACGUACUUACUUGACACUAGUAGCCAACCCACUCACAAGCAAUUGUGGUAAUCCUGUCGGGUUACCUUUUCCCAAGCCAAGGUGAUAAAGAUACAUAUACAUUACAUGUGUAGUCGCCGCUACUACUACUAAAUACUAAACUCAACUCGAGUGAAUUUCACAUUUUUUGCAAUCGAAAUGUGUGCAAAAAUAAUUCGUACUACUGUUCCAAAGUCUGUCAACUCUUAACGGACCAGGGUCGACCAUAGCAUAAAAUACUUAAUUAGAACGUGUGCGAGAGAGAGAGAGAAAGAAGCGUCCACUUGGAUUUGGGGUGUUUUAGUACUGUGCGAAGUGAUCAAAGUGAUACACUUUCCGUGUCGUGAUCUUCUCUGUAAUCCUCAAAACAAUAUGCUCCCAGCAGCCAUGGACGAUACUCCAGCUGCUGUGGCGUCGACUAAGCCUCGCUCCACCGACUUUUCAAUUGCGGCGAUUAUGUCGAAAGAGAUCUCGAAAAAUCAAAGUUCCUCUCCCGGUGUCGGAAACGAUAGUCCUACAAAAGAUAAACAUUGUACCAGUAUUGAUAAUAAUAUCAGCGAUUACAACCACAACCGUAACAAUCACCACCAUCAUCGAAAUUUGUUCAGCACAUCAAAUGAGUCUCAUCGUGGAUUGGAUGUCUCCGAAACUGAGGACUUUUCCGACAGCGAUGGCGAAAAAGAUAUCGACAUUUGCGAUGACGACAAUAAAGUCACGUCCUCCUCAGUUGAGACUCCCGGAAGUGUCAAGGACUUUGAGGAUGAUGACACUUGCAGUGUGGGAGGCGGGGACCGUUGUUCGCCUGGAGCCAACUCACCAGGCCCUGACGACUCGUCCGCACCCCCUCCGGCCACAACCAACCGAUCGUCUAAAAAGAGUUCAAAAUCCAAAAAAGUGGAAAUGAAGGGACGGUGCAAUGACGAGGAGCUUCUGCAGGUCCAUUGCCACUUAGAAACCAAGGAAUUGUGGGACAAAUUUCACGACCUAGGGACCGAGAUGAUCAUUACCAAAAGUGGAAGGCGAAUGUUUCCGACGGUAAGGACUUCUUUCACCGGCCUCAACCUGGACACCCGAUAUGCCGUUCUUCUGGAUAUCGUACCUGUCGAUAAUAAGCGAUACCGCUACGCCUACCACCGUUCGUCCUGGUUGGUGGCUGGAAAAGCAGAUGCGCCUGCACCCAACCGGCUUUACGUUCAUCCGGAUUCUCCAUUUACGGGAGACCAACUUAGGAAGCAAGUAAUCUCAUUCGAGAAAAUUAAAUUGACGAACAAUGAGAUGGAUAAAGGCGGACAUUUGGUACUAAACUCGAUGCAUCGUUACCAGCCAAGAAUUCACAUAGUGAAAUGGAGAGAAGGAAUUGUUCCUGGAAACUCUAAUAUUGACUUGGAUUCCGAGCAGUUUCGCACUUAUAUCUUCUCCGAAUGCGUUUUCACUGCUGUUACGGCGUAUCAAAACCAAUUGAUCACUAAAUUGAAGAUCGAUAGUAAUCCAUUCGCCAAGGGCUUCCGCGAUAGUUCCCGUUUGACAGAUUUCGAUAGUGAUCUUAUUUUCUGCAGGGAUCCUUGCGACUCAAUGCUUCCGUUGGAGCAUCACUUCCUCCGAACAGCGGCAGCCACACCCCUCCGACUCUUCUCCGAAAUGGACAUGGACAACAACAAUCUGAUGAACUCUAUUGAGAAGGCGAGGAUUCUGCAGCAACAAUGGGGGGCACGAGCAGCCGCACUUGGUUAUCCCGUCGGCGGAGGUGGUGGUGGUGGCGGAGGAGGCGGCGGAGGAAACCCGAGUGGGGGUGACCAGGCCUCCCUUCAUCACCUUCUCGCAGCAGCCGCAGGUUCCGUCCCCUCACUCCCCCAACUCUUCACGCUGAAUCCCACUCGAGGCAGCCCGUCGCCACUGCCCCUCCCAGCGCACUUGUGGUCGCAGUGGUCAGCCCUUUCUCAACUUCCACCUGGUUUCCUCACCCAGGCGUCUCAACAUCCCCAACAGCAGCAGCAACAACUCCAUCACCACCACCAUCACCAACAAUUGUCCCAGCAACAACAACACCAUCAAUCACCAAACAACACACCUUCCUCCGGGAUUAGUAACAACAAUACAACAACCAACAGUCCGAGCGGUGGGAAUCGAGGUCGGAGUCCAAUUAACUCCAACAACUUGAGAUACACUCCGUACCCUUCUCCAAUGUCGGCCAAAGCGGCGUCCACCUCCCCAAAUCCGGGGUCUGUACCCCCAUCUUCACUAAUUAACGAAUCCACGAUUGGGGUUGCCAUCAACUCCAGCUCCAACCGCUCAUAGCCAAGUCAUCAUCAUCAACAGGAACAAUCCCAUAAUAAUAAAUAAUUAGUGUGUAUUAAUCCAUGGGUUCAGCUCAAAUAGUCAUUUCUUAAAGGAACAAAAUAAUGGUUAUAUAGGCAGCUUACUUUUUUCAAUGAUUCCAAGUCGUUGUUUUUGUGUAGGUGGUCGAUUUGAUGCAUAAAUCGACAAAAUGUGAGAAGGUAAUACAAAAGCGUUCAAGUAAAUCGAUAGGCUGGACGGCGAAAAAGACAAUUAUGUAUGGCUACCUACUUUCCUUGUGGUAUUAUUAUUAUUACUAUUGUUAGCAUAAUGCUGUUAAUUGUUGGUGUCGUUGUGUCGCUUGUUUUGGCAAAAUUCGUCAAAUAGCAUUUUAUAACAUUGCCCCAGUUCCUUCCAAAUGUUCAGCUUAUUCCAGUCAUUGUUCAUUUUGAGAACACUUUUUCAUGUGCAGUAGUUAGCUUACGAGAUAGUCUUAAAUAUAUUGUCCAGCAAAAUGUUUGAAUGUGAUGACUCCUGCAAAAAGUAUUAUUAACUUUAAUUUAACUGUGUAAGCCCGCAAAUGUAUGUUACCUAUAAUUUUAACAUUGUAUUUAAGUAGUAAUAAAAUGACGUUUAAUAAAAAGAAUCUCAAACAAAUUUUACAAUAAAACCUUAAA